AUGGGGCUUUCAGAGCUCUGGCCAGUGCUGCUGUGGGCGUUGGUGUGGGUGCAGAGCACAAGAUCUGCGUGCCCGUCCUGUGGGGGCCCGACCCUGGCACCCCGAGGAGAACGUGCUCUGGUCCUAGAGCUAGCCAAGCAGCAAAUCCUGGAGGGGCUGCACCUGACCAGCCGUCCCAGAAUAACUCGCCCUCUGCCCCAGGCAGCGCUAACCAGAGCCCUCCGGAGACUGCAGCCCCGGAGCGUGGCUCCUGGCAACCGGGAGGAAGUCAUCAGCUUUGCCACCGUCGUAGACAAAUCCACUUCAGCCCAGCGCUGCAUGCUCACCUUCCAGCUGUCCCCUCUUCGUUCCCACCAACUGUACCAUGCUCGCCUCUGGCUGCACGUGCCCCCGUCCUUCCCUGGCACGCUCAACCUGAGGACCUCCCGUUGCGGCACCAGCGGCUGCCGGGGAUCCCGCACCUUCCUAACCGAGCACAGGACGACUUCCUCGGGCUGGCACGCCCUGACUCUGCCCUCUAGCGGCCUGCGCGGUGAGGAGUCUGGAGUCGUGAAACUCCAGCUGGACUACAGACCCCUGGACCCUCACAGCACUGUCGUUCCACGGCCACGCCGGCUCUUGGACACAGAGGGACAGCAGCGUCCCUUCUUGGAACUUAAGAUCCGAGCUGCUGAACCCGGAGCAGGCCGGGCCAGAAGGAGGACCCCCACCUGUGAGCCGGAGACCCCCUUAUGCUGUAGGCGAGACCACUAUGUGGACUUCCAGGAGCUGGGGUGGCAGGACUGGAUCCUGCAGCCAGAAGGGUACCAUCUGAAUUAUUGCAGCGGGCAAUGCCCGCCCCACCUGGCUGGCAGCCCUGGCAUCGCCGCCUCCUUCCAUUCCGCUGUCUUCAGCCUCCUCAAAGCCAACAACCCUUGGCCUGCGGGCUCGUCCUGCUGUGUCCCCACUGCACGAAGACCUCUCUCACUGCUCUACCUCGACCACAACGGCAAUGUGGUCAAGACCGAUGUGCCAGACAUGGUAGUGGAGGCCUGUGGCUGCAGCUAGCAAUAGGGCCUGACGGCUCUGAGUGAAGUUCAAGGUUCAGGUUGGAGGAUCCCCGGCAAAAGACUCCCGUGUCUGGAAGCACGGGGUCUGCUGACCCACGCAGACAUCCAACAAGGCUACCUGGCGGUGUGACUGGGCUU